AUGUCUACCAAUAACACAGAGUUGAGCUUUCAAUACGCUCACGAAUUUGUGGAUUUUGUUAACGCUUCCCCUACCCCUUACCAUGCCGUUAAGACCUCCAAGAAGUACUUGAUUGAAGCUGGGUUCAUUGAAUUGUCUGAAAAGUCAUCAUCGUGGGACUUAAAAGCAGGUGGUAAGUACUUUGUGACUAGAAAUAACUCAUCCAUCAUUGCAUUUAAAAUAAAUGAUUCUUUUGUGUGGGGUGAAGGUGGAAUUGCUAUCGUUGGUGCACACACAGAUUCUCCAUGUUUGAGAAUCAAGCCAAUCUCAAAGAAAGAGCUGGAAGGUUUCAUUCAAAUUGGUGUGGAACAGUAUGGAGGUCUUAUUGCUCAUUCAUGGUUCGAUCGUGAUUUAUCUAUUGCUGGUAGAGUCUACGUAAACGAUAAAGAAAAGGGUGUCUUUAUCCCACAUCUAAUUAAGAUUGACAAACCCUUGUUGAGAAUACCUACCUUGGCAAUUCAUUUGAAUAGAGAAUUGGGCACCAAAUUUGAGUUCAAUAAAGAAACUGAAUUAUUGCCUAUUGCCGGACAAUCUAAGUUUGGUUCCGCUAAAGCAAAGGAAGAGGAGGGUAAAGAAUCACCUCAUAGCUGUGCCGAUGACCCUGAACUCCAGUUUACCCCUGAGCAAUUUGAAUCUGUUCAAUCGGUUAUUUCAAGACAUAACGAACUGUUGGUUGAUCUUAUUGCUCAAGAAUGUGGUGUAACUCCUGAUGCCAUAGAAGACUUUGAAUUAAUUCUCUAUGACCAUCAGAAAUCCACAUUAGGUGGUUUGCAUGACGAGUUCAUAUUCUCCCCUAGGUUGGACAAUUUAACUUCAUGUUAUUGUGCAGUAAAGGGUUUGGUUGAAUCUACUUCUGAAGGCAAGAACUCAAUUUCGAUGAUUUCACUUUUUGAUCAUGAAGAAAUCGGAUCUGCUUCUGCACAAGGUGCUGAUUCAACUUUUCUACCAGACAUUGUCCAAAGAAUCCUGGGAGAUUAUUUCCAUUCAACAGUUUCACGUUCCUUUUUGUUAUCCAGUGAUAUGGCACAUGGUGUACACCCUAAUUACUCCAGUAAGUAUGAGGCUCAGAACAAACCUCAAAUCAACCAGGGCCCUGUUAUAAAAAUCAAUGCUAAUCAAAGAUAUGCUACAAACUCUGCAGGUAUUGUUUUGUUGAAGAAUGUUGGUCAAAAAACCCAGGUACCCCUUCAAUUGUUUGUUGUUCGUAAUGACUCUCCAUGUGGAUCUACAAUUGGACCUAUUUUAGCAGCAAAAUUGGGUAUUCGUACUUUGGAUUUAGGUAACCCUCAAUUAAGUAUGCAUUCAAUUCGAGAAACUGGUGGUACUCACGACAUAUUACAUUUAGUGAGAUUAUUUGGAGGCUAUUUCAGUGAAUAUUCUGAUUUACAAGAACGUAUUUUGGUUGAUGGUGUCUAA